UAUACCGCGCCGCAUUCACCCUGGACUAAUCAAGCAGCAGCCGUAAAAAAGCCACGGAAUAGCCCAGCGUAUAAUCAGCUGCCGGCGGCAGCUAAGGAAUUGCUAAUUGCGGGAUUGUUUCCGCUAGCGCUAAAUUCCGACUCGGGCCGCUUGGGACGUGGUGUGCUACCGGCGGCACUCUUAGCUCGCGAUCAUAUCAACCAGCGACAUAAUCUCCUCAAGGGCUAUGAAUUACAACUGGAUGUCAAUGAUACAGCGUGUGACGCGGCGCUGGGAAUAAAAGCUUUUUUGGAUAUGUUGUACAAAAAGCCAGGAAGGCGACUAAUGGUAUUCGGAAGUGCCUGCACCGAAGUUACAGGACCAAUUGCUCAAGCCAGCCAAUUUUUGCAUCUUGCUCAACUUUCAUAUGCGGAUACCCAUCCAAUGUAUGACCACUAUAAAUUUCCGAACCUAUACCGUAUUGUGCCUAGCGAAAACCAGUUCAAUUUCGCACGCUUGGAACUCUUGCGCCAGUUCAACUGGACAUACAUUGCCACUUUGUACCAAAAUGAACCGCGUUACUCUCUUGCUCACAAUCAUCUAAUGUCCCGAGCCAAAGAUGUUAAUCCACCUUAUAAACUCCUCGCUCAAAGUAGCUUUACUGACAUUACCGAAAUCAGGAGCGCACUGGAUAGGUUUCAACAGAGAGGGGCAAGGAUACUAUUUGGAAGUUUCAGCGAAAGAUGGGCAAGGAUUAUAUUCUGCGAGGCUUAUACGAGGCAAAUGUACGGUCGCAAAUACCAGUGGAUCAUAUGGGGCGGAUAUAAUGAGGAAUGGUGGCGAAUCGAAGAUCCGGAAAAUCUUAAUUGCACUACGGACGAGCUGGUUACCGCUUUAAAUGGCUACAUAAGUACCGAUAUCCUGCCAUUAAGUUUAGACAAGAAACGCCACACCGAAGCCGGACUGGAUGCCGGCAGCUAUGAAAAACUGUACAACCGCAUCAGGCAGGCCGAUUACAGCCGCUUUCAUGGUUACACCUACGACGGCGUAUGGGCAAUGGCCAAAGCCAUCAGCAUUGUGCUUAAUGAACUUCCACCUUGGGAAUCCAUCGAAGAUUUUAACUACAAGAGUGAAAAAUGGUCUAAACGUUUCUUGGAAGCACUUAAUGAUACGGAGUUUAUCGGCGUUACGGGACCAGUAAAGUUCUUCCAGAAUGAGCGUGUUGGAAGCAUCCUGAUUAACCAGUUCCAGGUGAUAUCCGAUACUGUUGGAGCAGGAAAAGAGGAAAUAAUCGCGCUUUAUGAAAACGAAAGCAGCACACUCAACUUCAGCGUUGGAAGACCCAUAUUUUGGCAUGGUAAAUCAGCGCCAAGAGAUAGCACCUAUAUCGAAAAUCGCCUUGAACAUCUUAACCUGGCGACAUUUAUUACCAUGACCACUUUAGCGAUCGCCGGUGUGAUCCUGGCCGUGACAUUCCUCGUUAUCAAUGUCAAAUACAGGAACCACAAGUAUAUCAAAAUGUCCAGCCCGUACCUGAACAACGUCAUCAUCUUUGGCUGCAUUAUGACGUAUUUGAGUGUCAUUUUACUGGGAAUCGAUACCGGCUUAGUGGACAUGGAGUAUAUACCGGCUGUUUGCACGGCUAGGUUAUGGGUGCUCACAAUUGGAUUUACGCUGGCAUUUGGAGCCAUGUUCAGUAAAACGUGGCGAGUUCACGCCAUAUUCACCAACAUUAAGCUCAACAAAAAGGUGAUAAAAGACUACCAGCUAUUCCUGAUUGUGGCCGUCCUUUUGGUGGCCGAUUUAGUGAUUCUGCUUACUUGGCAGCUGCAAGAUCCCUUCCGAUUCGCCCUGAAAAAUCUGACGGAAUUUGAGGACAUCACCAACGAUUAUCUAAUAAAGCCUCAGAUUGCCUACUGCAUUUCUGAAAAUAACACCAUUUACUUGGGCGUUACCUACGCCUUUAAGGGCAUUCUCAUGGCCUUUGGCUGUUUCCUGGCCUGGGAAACGCGACAUGUCAGUAUUCCGGCGCUGAACGACUCCAAAUACAUCGGGAUGAGCGUGUACAAUGUUGUGAUUAUGUGUGUAAUUGGCGCGGCCAUUUCCAUUAUCCUCACUGAUCAGCAGGAAUACGCCUUCAUCAUUAUCAGUGUUUUUAUUAUUUUUUGCACAACCAUUACUCUCUGCCUUGUUUUCGUGCCUAAGAUUCUGGAAUUACGGAGAAACCCGAAUCCGGAAGCCAAACGUGUCCGAGCCACAUUGAAGCCAGCCAAAAGUAGUAAACGUGAAUCAUUCAGUGCGGAUUUGCAGAAUCGUAUUAAAAAUCUCCAGGACCAAAAUUCCAAGCUCAAGGAAGCUCAUCAAGCGAAACUGACGGAUCUAAAUAAACUCGUAUCCGAACUGGGCGAAGAGGCUCGUGACAUUCUGCAGCAGCGGAAGAAGAGCACGCGACCGCGCCCGAAAAUUAACUUCAAAGGUUUACCAUCGGACGACGACGAUGAUGAUAAUUCGUCAGUCAAUGGUGAAUCCUCACAGGAUGACCAGUCCGAUCACUGGCCAUUGGUGGAAACAUCCGCCGUAACCAAGUGCGUGUAUGUGCACUACCGGCCACGAAAGAACAGCGUGGAAGCGGUCACGGUCUGCACUAAUGUCUCCGAGCCGUCCUCGAACUCACAUCGACCACACCUGACGGGCAACAGUCUGCCCCCGAUAACGGAUGUUGAAGAGAGCGAACUAAGCAGCAAGCACGCCGUAACGCCGGCAAAGGACACCACCAUUAACGACAUCUUUGGUGGAGUGUACAUCGGCGGCGCUCCGCCACCAGCUUUCAGGAGACCAUCAGAGCCAAAGGCCGAACAGAAAAACAUCAAAUCCAUCAUCAAAGCGGAGCCUGUGAUAACGGAAAACCAUGUUCCGCUGCAAACACCAAAUGCCAAGAUGGCGGUAACGCUAGAUAAAGUGUCUUCUAUUUCCGGAGACGAGCCGGGAUCAAUUUUCUCCGACCCAGACAUAGAUGACGGUCGUACCGCCGCGUAUUCGCCCGCAAUCAAAUCGCGACAAAGUGCUCAACAAGGCCAUUCCCAAAUCGGAAUCUCUCUCCGCAACAAUGGUCAAUCAGGCCGAUGAGGCCCAAUCAAAAAGAAGUGGUCGAUGUGAUGUGAUUGCUUCGUUGUAGAGAAGAGAGCAUUUUCAGUGCGGUGCCCAUGUGUUAAUUUGCACUUCUGCCAAAAUCAAAACUUUUUACGACACUGUGAUUCCGCAAUACUGUUUAAAUUAACAAUAAAUUUAUGAGACGAAAUUUAAAUGAUUUUUCUUUAAUCGUAAGGCGUAAAGCGUCAAUAAACUGUGGUCGAAUAAAAGCUUUACCGCCGCAAA